CCAACACCGACAUGUGUAUCAAACAUUUACAUGUGGUUACACCUAAGUAUGAUAUGCAAAUGAGAAUAUACCUUGCUCUUCUAUGCUAAAUCCACUUUCUUCCUAUUGGUAACGUUAUCAUCAGAAAAUAGUCCCAGACUUUGGUCCUCCCACUCACACACAAAUUACAAACUCAUAAAUUCUUUAAUUCCCUCUCCAUCACCAAGCCAUGGAGCUCCUAUGGGAGCUUGCCUUCACCAUAGCUCUUUCUCUUUUGCUUCCAUUGGUUUUCCUCAAACUCCUCUCUGUGACCCCAAACUUGGAAGCAAAUGAGAAAGUGGCUCUUCUUGGGCGUGAUCAUGAUCAUGGAAUUAAAUCUGAUUCCAAGAGUUGGGAAACGGAUAAAGUUGUUCGAAUUGGUGGGAAAAUUGAUGAAUUCAGAGACAAGCCGAUAGUGGGAAAAUUAAUAGUCCCAGAAAUUGUGGAUGUGAGUUGUGGAUCGCCCAAGAUACACAAUUCAGAGAAGAUUGAUGAGUACAGUGUUUACGACGAAAUUGAACUCGUGGAUUUGGCGGAGGAUCCUGUUGUGGAUGAGGGUAAUGAUGGGGUUGUUAAUAUUGACGAAGUUGAGGUAGAAUUGAUGGAGUGUGAUUCUAGAGAGAACAAAGUUGAAGAGGUUGAGAUCUCGCAGUGCGAAAGAAAUUAUAAUGAGAUUGAUGAAUCUAGUAUGAACGAGGAAAUUGGUGAAAACAAGGGCUCGGUGGUGGAUGAGGAUGAUUGGGAAGGAAUAGAAAGCACUGAAUUAGAGAGGCGUUUUGGUGCUGCAGUUGUAUUUGUCGGUUCCAAGAGCAAUGCUAAUCUUAGCAAUGAUGUGAAGAUGAAGCUUCAUGGUUAUCACCGAAUUGCUACUCAGGGUCCUUGCCAUGAACCUCAGCCAAUGGCUCUGAAGUUCUCUGCUCGAGCAAAGUGGAUUGCACGGCGACAACUUGGGAUUAUGAGUCCAGAGGAGGCCAUGGAACAAUUUAUCAGCCUUCUAUCAGAAAGCAUUCCUGAUUGGAUUGAAGAAAAUCCUUAUGAUAAUGCUAAACCGGCUUCUGCAACUAACCUUGUGAUUUGAAGGCAUAGCUACUAUGACAAAGAAGCUGAACAUUAUAAGGUAUAACCUUAUAAGAUUUUGUGUCAAGUGUGCAUGUGUAAAAGUAAAACUGCGCUGCAGGGAAGAUUAAUUAUAGAAGGAUUUUUUAUUUUUGCAAAAUCUUUGACUCACAUAACUAUAAGUAAGCGCCAAACAGAGAACCGCGACCAUAAUUCGCUUGCAGCAUAAAUUAUUUGAACCUUGCCGAUAAA